AUGGAAGAAUCAGUAGAGCCCGCCGCGGACAUCUCUAAUCGGGCAGUCGAGCGGGAAGAAGACAGUGAAGUGGAGGGGCUGGCCGAGGAGCUGGAAGCAUCAAGCUGGAGGGAAGUGGUGUCAGGAGACGGGGGCGGAUCAGACGGCCCAGGAGAAACCACCGCUUCUGGAAACGAGGGCAGGCUAUGUAAGAAAUCCAGGUCGGGCCUAGCCUUAGCCCCAUCUUUUCCAUAA